AUGUGGGAGACUGCUCAAGAUCAAGAAGGCCCUGAUCCCAACAUCGGCACUCGUGCUAGCACCUUCGGCCAAGAGCGUCUGCAGGCCUACGACGAACAUAACGCUAGCAGAGACUGGCAGGACGACUUCCGCUCGACGAAGCUCAAGGUGGAGGAUAGCACGAUUGUGGACUGCUGGGUAUGCAAGGCUGAGGGGUGCGAGUGGUGCAAGGGUUGGCAGGGUCGGACGAACCAGGAAGUCGUCAGCAUGAUGCUGGAGGUCAAGAAGAAGCACGGAAUUGAGAAUGGGGAGCACGAUCAGGACAUGGAAGAUGCAUAA